CGUGUCUGGACAAUCACAAAGGCUGCUCUGAAAUGAAGGUGGAGGUUACUCCAUGGCAAACACACAGCGGGACAAACGCCACAAUGAACACCACAGAAGAAACCUGGAUCGGAACAGCUAUCAGCUAUCAUGGCUGGAAUGCCUCUGUUAAUGGAAGCGUGCACAUGUUCAUCCUUCCAGGCCUUAAUCGUGCCAUCAACAUCCUCGCGUCAGCGCCCUCUUCAUGUUAUGAUAUCACUUGGUUGUACAAUGGAGAUUUCCAGAUUAGAAGCCACCUCCGCAACGCAAAGGAGUAGCCAUCGCGUUCUUGGCCCAGUUUGGAUCAUGCCUUUAACUGCAUUUAGCAUCACCAAAAUCCUGCAGAUGGAGCCCAUCAAGGCUGUGAGUGUACUCAUCUGUGGCUGUUGUCCUGGAGGAAACCUGUCAAACAUCUUGUCCCUGGCUCUGAAUGGAGACAUGAACCUUAGUGUUGUCAUGACCACGUGCUCUUCUGUGGCUGCUCUUGGUCUGAUGCCUUUGCUCCUCUUCCUCUACUGCCAAAGCUUCCCGGGGCUGGAAAACGCUGUGCCGUACCUCCAAAUUGUCACCGCACUCAUACUGACCCUGGUACCUUGUGGCACCGGCGUUGCCAUAAAUUACUACAAACCAAACUAUGCAGUGGUUGUCAAAAAGGUCGGGCUGGUCAUCUUACUGAUCUUUUCUGUCGCGCUGAUCGUCUUGUCUGGCAUCGCCGUUGGACGAACACUACGGAUGAUUGUCUCACCUGAUGUUCUGGCCGCUGCGGCGGUGAUGCCGCUGAUUGGUUAUAUUUCAGGAUAUCUCAUGUCCAUCAUGUGCAGACUUGAUUCUAAAUGCAGCAGGACGAUCUCCAUGGAGACAGGCUGUCAAAACAUCCAGCUGUGCAGCACAAUCCUGAAGGUGGCUUUUCCUCCUCAGGUCAUCGGAGUCAUGUUUCUCUUCCCCCUGGUCUACCUCACAUUCCAGUGCAGCGAGGCUCUGCUGGUCGUCCUGUUCUUCAGAUGUUCUCAGAUGCUGAAGCCCUCAGCUGAGGAAACGUAUCGUGGUGCUAAACGAGAAGACGGUGACCAGCCUUAA